CGUGGUGCAGACUGCGCCUGCGUCCGGAAUACCACGCCCCUCGCCGUGUUCCGGGAUGCGUCUGCGCGCAGAGCCUUGAGAUGCAUCCGCCUCGCCUAAAGCAGGUGUUGGAGAUCUCAGUCCUGGGAGGAGGCAAGUAACCUCCACAUUUGCUCCUGGACUGGAGGAGAUCCGGUGCCCCUCUGCCGAGAGGGACAGUCCCAGACUGUCUUCCUGGACACGAGCUGCAGCUCCCAACACCUUGCCGACUCUUCUAGAAGUAGCUUAGCCUUUACGUGCAUUGGGUUUUACCUCUUGAAGCUGUUUACUGGGGACUCACUGGUUGUGCAGUUAUUCCCCAUUCGUGGAACAGUUGACGAGGUAGGCUUCCAUUUUACAAACACAGAUCCAGUUUCAGUGAUGUUUCCGGACUCGGGCGUUUUGAGCCCAGGACCACCUUCCCAGCAGUAGCAUCGCCCACAAUGGGCUGGCCCUCUCACAGCCAUCAUCUGUCAAGAAAAUGCUGCACAGACUUUCCUCCAGCCCAGUCUGAUAAAGGUGGCCGUCAUGGCUGUUCCACAUGAUUCACAGGAAACUUCCUACCUGCUCCCUCCAAACCCUGAGGACUGGGAGGGACGAGACAUCCCAGACUUUGUUUAUGGACAGAAGGACCUCGUAGGGAAGGGAAUUCAGUGGCCAAGGAAUGCACCCAACACCCUGGAUCAACUGCCACGGUCCCGCUUCGAUUCUGCCCUCUGCUCUGCGUGGAUGCAGCGAGUGGCACUGGGCCUGUUUCGAUACCGCCUAGAAGAUCUGCAGACCCAAAUCCUCCCUGGUUCCGUGGGGUUCGUCGCUCAGCUGAAUAUAGAGCGAGGAGUACAGAGGAGGCGCCCUCAGAAUAUCAAAAGUGUAAGGCAGGAGUUUGACCCUGAGCAGUUUAACUUCAAUAAAAUCCGACCUGGAGAAGUCCUUUUCCGUCUGCAGCGGGAGGAGCCUAACGGCCCUGCCGCCCCAAAGCAAGAGGACAUCCUUGUGAUGAUCAAUGUCAGCCCCCUGGAGUGGGGCCACGUGCUGCUGGUGCCUGAGCCUGCUCAUGGGCUCCCCCAGCGCCUGCUGCCUGGGGUGCUGCGGGCCGGGCUUGAAACGGUGCUUCUGAGCUUGCACCCAGGCUUCCGAGUAGGCUUCAACAGCCUGGGGGCUUUGGCCUCCGUGAACCAUCUGCACCUGCACGGCUACUACCUGGCCCAGCCACUGCCUGUGGAGGGCGCCCCAAGCACACCGCUAGAUCCAAAGGGCUCUAUACAUCUGCUGCAGUCCCUCCCAGCUCCUGGCUUCCUCUUUUACGCUAGUGGGCCAGGGCCUGACUUGGAAGCCUUGAUUAGCAGGGUAUGCCGGGCCACUGACUAUCUGAGUGACCAUGAGAUUGCACAUAACUUAUUUGUGACCCGGGGAGCCCCACCUGGGCAGGCAUCAGCUUCCUCAGGCCUCACUGGGAUCCGAGUCAUUCUGUGGGCCCGGAAGUCCAGCUUUGGAAUUAAGGAAAGUGGGGCUUUCAACGUUGCACUCUGUGAGCUGGCUGGCCACCUACCUGUUAAAACAUCCCAGGACUUCGGCAGCUUGACAGAGGCAGCUGCGGUGGCCCUCAUUCGGGACUGUCUGCUGCCCCAAACUCAGGCAGAGGAGGUGCAGGCAGCGCUGGUGGCCCUGAUGGCCCAGGAAGAGCUGUGAUUCUUCAGUUUUUUUCUUUACUGAUUCGAGACCCUUUCCGAAGACUGUUGGUCACUGGCAUCUGGGCAUUUCAUGAUCGCCUGCCCACCUCUCAGCUUGAGGAGUAUAGAGAAAGCACUGAAUGGAUGCAUUCUCGUGAAGGUUUCAACUGCUUCUCAUCUCUCUUCUUAGACAAGGCCCAGGGGUAACAGAUCUGCCAUUAAGGGCUAGCGAGAUUGCUCAAUGAGGGGGAUGCAUGUUUUCUGCCAAGUCUGUCAACCUGAGUUCAACCUCCAGAACCCACAUGGUAAUGGUUGUCCUCUGAGUUCCACAUACACGCCAUUGCACAUACACACCCAAACGUGUACACAUACAUAAAAGUGAACGUAUCUCAAAUAAAGUAAAUGUGCCAGGUGGUGGUGGCACACACCUUCA